AUGCAGCAUGCAGCCAGCUUAACCCGGCUGUCCCGGGGGUCGCCAUUUCCAGGCUCAUUCAGACUCACAACCCCUUCCGCAAAGCCACCAGCCUCGUCAGUUUCAGAAUCGCUCAAGCAACUUCUCGAUCAAUCUCGACAGCUCCAUGCUGGGAUAGCCAGUGCCUCGAGUCUCAACGCAAACUCUGGCUUCAACCAAUUCUCAGGCGCGCCCAACUCGUCUGGUCACCUUACGGGCACCCUUCCCACCGUCCAGCUUGGUCUCGAUCAGAUCGAGGCCCAAUCAAGGAGACUUGUUUCGAAGAUCCGGAAAAAUGACACUCUUGACGCGUCCCUGUCUCUGUUUGGGGGCGGCCCAGCCGGUUCUGCUAGAGAUGCUCGAAGUCUUACUGCUCUGAAUGGCCAGGGUACCAGCUCCAAAGCGCACUAUCUUCUGGCUGGUGCUGGGGUCAAUGCCGAGGAGCUUGGAAAGACAAUCGAUGGUGUCGAUCUACGGGGCACAUUCGAACCUCUGCAGCCCUUACAAGAUACCGAUGUUGAGGGUUACCUCAAACACGAACACGAGCAAUCUAUCAUCGCGUCGAUUGAAGAGGGUAGGAGGCAGACCGUUCAAGACUUCUAUCAAAUCUUAGAUCGAUCAAUGAGACGCAAUUGGGAAGAGCAGAAGGAGCUUCUUUUCGAAGAACUGGCGCGCCAUCAACCCCAGUCCUCAAGUGAAGGUGGAAAUAUGCUGUCAAUGUUUUCGACCCACUCUUCCCUUAACAAUCUAUCCGAAAUUGCCAACUCGCCAACUGGCUCACCAGACCAAUCAUCUCGCAGGUCCCAGUCGAAACUCCCAUUUUCGGAAAGCACGAACUUCAGUGGCAUUCAAAGCGUCAGUCAUCGCACCGGCUCCAAUCAGACUGACUUGCACGGCAAAAUGAUGAAAUACGACCAGGCGGUCUCUAAGCUCAACGAACGACGUCUUCAGAAUGCAUACUUUCCAAUCGUUCAUGCAUUCAAAGACGCUAGCUUGUCAAUCACCGAUGAUAACGCCGGGUCCUCCCAAAAUGCACCCCUAACCGACACAUGGAAUCUUCUGGCUCAGCUCGUCCAGGAGAAAAACACUGGUCUGUCCGAUCAAGACAACGAGAUGAUCGGUGGAAUCAGGUUGACUACCAUUUCAGCCGAGCGUAAAUAUGCUAAACAUUACCUGGGCGAUCCUCAAAGUCUUGAAGCCAAAAACGUCCGCAAGCAGUUGGCGGAUGGCGCCAAAGCACAUUUAGAACAGCAAUUUAUCACCCAUAUCAGCAUGCAAAUCGCCGCCCAUCCACAAGAGGCUGCUCUCGGUGGGGACCCAUCGACAGCCAACAAAGUCAGAGCUUACGUCGAUCUAAAAUUUUGUAAAAAUGGAGCCUGGACAGAUAAACGGCUAGAAAUCAUCAACAAUACGCCUGUUUGGGCCAGAAUAUUCUACCUGCUGCGGAUCGGGCAAGUUUCUGAAGCCUUGAAAUUCACCAAAAGCUUUGAACAGCAUAUUCGGAAAACCGAGCCCAACUUCUUGUCCUAUUUUUCCUCGUGGGCUUCGAGUUCCGAUCGGCGCUUAUCCAAAACCUUGCGGGACAGAUUCUUAGCCGAAUACAACCAAAGGACCCGAGAGGUUAGUGGAGCCGAGGGAGGAUUUGGCUCCGGUACCAGUCAUGCGACCACCGCCAACGUGGAUCCAUUCAAACAUGCUGUCUAUAAAAUCAUCGGAAGAAUCGAAAUUCAACGCAAGAAUGUUCCGGUGGCUAUCGCCAGUAUGGAAGAUUGGGUCUGGCUGCAGUUGGUCCUCGUCAAGGAAACUGACCCAGCACUCGAUCAUCCUGUAUCCAGUAACAACAACUCUAUCUCAUCCGCCCAGGAUCGCUACGGCUUGGAGGAGUUUGCUCAGGUAAUCGCUAAAUACGGCGAGAAUCACUUCGACCCCAAUGGUAAUCGACCCCUAAUGUAUUUCAGAGUGCUUUUGAUGAGCGGCCAAUUCGAAAAGGCGUGUUUGUUCCUUCAACAAAAGCCACAUUAUCAAGUCGACGCGGUACAUUUUGCCAUAGCCCUAUCAUACUACGGCUUACUGCGUAUAUGUGACAACGCUCCCUCGUCCGAGGGUCCAGCUUCCUCUCCUAAGGGCAGAUCAUCUAGUAUAAGCCUCCCGUCGGUGAACUUCGCGCGCUUGAUCUAUCGGUACACCCGUCUUUUUGCCAAGAGCGCGCCUGAAGUAGCCGUGCAGUACCUAUAUUUGAUCUGUCUGAAUGCCGAUGCUCCGCCGGCUUCACUCGGCCAAAAUCAAAUCACGCUCUGUCACACUUAUAUUGGCGACCUCGCUGUUGAAACCGCAUCACGGGAAGAAAUCCUGGGUGAUGUGCGCAACGAUGGUACACGGAUACCGGGAAUGAUUGAAAGGGAUUUGAGUCUGAUCAAGUUAUCUAAUCAGCGCGAGUAUCUGGAAACAAUCGUCAAGCAAGCAGCAGAGCGAGCUUUCCGGGAGCGACGAUUACGGGAUGCGAUCCGACUGUUCAACAUAGCAGAAGAGUACGACCGAGUGAUCGCAGUGAUAAACAUCGAGCUCGGCAAUUCGUUAUUCCAGCCGGGGAGCAAGCCGGCCUCGGGUCGGAUCGGCGACGAGAUGGACGGCGCCGGGCCCAAAGGCGCUACCGUCUCCCUCACUGCUUCCGAGGACAUCGUCGCCGUCGCUAACAACGUCUUGGCCCAUUACGAUCGCACUUCCACUAUCUCAAGUCGCAUCACCCGCAAGAACCGCGAAACCUGUGCGUUGUUGUUGAGAUUAAAAGCCGUCUUGGAUUUGCAUGAACAGGGCAAAAAUGAGCAAGCAUUGUCUAUGCUGGAUUCGAUCGAUCUCCUGCCGACCGGAAACGAUCUAGUUCAGAUCAUAAGGAAGUCUGAACAAGUCAAAGAUUUGGACGAUACGAUUGUCAAGAACUUGGAUGUGAUUGUCUUGAGUGGGAUGAACAUCCUUUUCCAGGUGUUCAGUAGCUUCAAAGAUAGUCCCUAUGGUGAUGCUAGCCGCCAAGCUAAAAUGGCCGAGAUCAAAACUAAAGCCCGAGCCAUUACUACUUUUGCUGGGAUGUUGCGAUACCGGUUAUCCCCUGAAACCUACUCGCAACUUAGUCGAUUACAAGCUUAUUUACAUUAA